AUGUCGUUGAAACUCAAUACCCCUUUUCCGAUUUUCGCGCCAUCUCUAUUUCCAAAUCCGAACCCAAGAGGACCCGGCGAGAUCCGAUUCUCAAGGUGGGGCAACGCCAAUGCGGAGCGGUUCGAGCAGCGUCGCCGGAGCCAAGAGGAGCUCGAGGCGGAAAUCCGUCGCGACCGCCGCUUUGACGCAGCCACCUCAAUCGUCCAUACACACGAUUCCGCCGCCGCAGCUUCUGAGCCGAAAACGUCGCCUUUUAGGUCAAGAGGCACUCCUUCACUUCCCUCCGCUCGAUCGAUUCCGGGUCGGAGAUCCAAAUACUCCAAACCCGAUUCAGGACCCACCAAACCGAAGAACAAACCUAAAGUUCCCGAUUCGCCGCCGCAAUUAGACGCGAAGCCGGAGGUUAAGCUGAGCGAAGACGGAUUAUCUUACGUCAUCGACGGAGCUCCUUUCGAGUUCAAAUACAGCUACACGGAGACACCUAAGGUCAAGCCAUUGAAGCUUCGUGAGCCUGCGUACGCGCCUUUCGGGCCCACGACGAUGGGAAGGCCAUGGACUGGCCGUGCUCCGCUUCCUCAGUCGCAGAAGACACCGAGAGAAUUCGAUUCUUUCCGAUUGCCGCCGGUGGGAAAGAAAGGAGUGAAACCGAUUCAGAAACCGGGUCCUUUUCGACCCGGGGUGGGUCCAAGGUAUGUUUACACCAAGGAGGAGAUUUUGGGAGAGCCAUUGACCAAGGAAGAGAUUAGAGAGCUUGUUACGUCAUGCUUGAAGACGACGAGGCAAUUGAACAUGGGCAGAGAUGGCUUGACUCAUAACAUGUUGAACAACAUACAUGAUUUGUGGAAGCGACGAAGGGUCUGUAAGAUUAAAUGCAAGGGAGUUUGUACAGUCGACAUGGAUAAUGUUUGCGAGCAACUAGAGGAAAAAAUUGGUGGGAAGGUGAUAUACAGAAGAGGAGGUGUGAUAUUUCUUUUUCGUGGUAGAAACUAUAAUCACAGGACAAGACCACGGUUCCCUCUUAUGUUGUGGAAGCCUGUAGCACCUGUUUACCCAAGGCUGAUUCAACAAGUGCCUGAGGGUUUAACUCGUCAGGAAGCUACCGAGAUGCGGAGGAAAGGACGAGAGCUCAUGCCCAUAUGCAAGCUAGGGAAGAAUGGUGUGUAUUGUGACCUUGUGAAAAAUGUGAAAGAAGCAUUUGAAGUUUGUGAAUUGGUUCGUAUCGAUUGCCAAGGGAUGAAAGGCAGUGAUUUUAGGAAAAUCGGUGCCAAACUCAAGGAUCUUGUUCCAUGUGUGCUCAUAUCUUUUGAAAACGAGCAGAUUCUUAUCUGGAGAGGAAGAGAGUGGAAAUCGUCUCUCACAACUCCAGAUAAAAAGGAUGAUAUCCUCGGAGAUAUCGAAGUUGAUACUGCCUUGCCUGAAGGUGAUGAUGAUGAAGCAUCGGAGUCACCAAAUCAGACGCAGGUUGUUACCCAGAACUCUCCUUUGGGUUCUAAGGAAUUGCAAAAUGACCAAUCAGCUGUUGAUAUCUUGGCAAUGGAAGGCAGAAACAGUAGUUUACAGAGCUCGUCUACAGAAAGAGAUAACUCUCUUGGAGAUCAUCAAGAACCUGAAGAGGAGUCGGAAGAGAUCAACACACAAAGCAUAGAGAGAGUUCUAAAUCUGAUGAAACAAGCUGUAGAGAGCGGGAAUGCGAUUGUGCUUGAAGCUACUGAUCUGGAUGCAGACACUGUAUUUGCAAAAUCAGUCGCCUUUUCGAGUGUAGCUACACCGGGACCAGUUUUCCAGCAUGGGUUGAGGAAAGAACCAAUGGUUAAGAAACAGGAAAACCACCGAGAAUUCGGGUACCAAAACCUAGAGGCAAAGACUAGUAAUGUUGUGUUUUCCCGGGAAAAAGAAGUUGCAGUGGGAGUGGAAAGAGAUGAGAAGAAGGAGAAGGAAGGGUUGAAGAAGAAAUUGGAGGAGUUUGAUGAAGAUUACAGAGAAGUGAUACCUCAUGGAACACUUAAAGUAGAUGAGCUAGCUAAACUACUUGCAUAAUAAAUUCUCUGUAUUUUAUGUUGUCUUGUAAGUGUAUAAUGUAGUCUAAUUAUCAUUACCAAUGUGUAAUCUUAAGAAAGGUAUGUAUCUUAGAUUUACUCUAGAUUAUUCAUGAACAA